AUGGUGUUUAAAGAUGUGAAAGAAUUUAGACAAACAAUAACUAAAUAUGCAGUUAGAAGGAGGGUUCAUGUGGAGACGUGGGUGAAUGAACCAAAAAAAAUUAAAGUUAGAUGCAAAGAUGGUUGUCCAUGGCUUUUGUAUGGAUGUCUUGACAAGACAACAAAUAAUUUCAUGAUAAAAACUUACAAUCCAAAGCAUACUUGCAAUAAGACAACUAGAAAUUACUUGUGCAAUGCAAAGUUUUUAUCUGAAGCCUUCAGAGAAAGAAUAAUUGAGCAACCAAACAUAAGAGUCUUCAAGUUGCAGGAGAUGAUUUGGAAAAAAAUUAAACUUUAUGUUGACAAGACUACUAUGAGAAGAGCAAGAGCUAAAGUGUUGAAAGAUAUAAUGGGUGAUCAUGUUGUGGAAUUUGGAAGAAUACUUGACUACAAGGAUGAAUUGUUAAGGACCAAUCCAGGGACCAGUUGUGUUGUAAAAGUUGGUGAACCUGAUGCCGAAGUUGUUGUGGCCAAGGAUGGUAGCAAUCAGAUGAUGCCACUUGCUUGGGCAAUAAUUGAAAAGGAGAACAAAAACACUUGGACCAUGUUUUUCAAGUGCAUAAGGGAUGAUCUGGGACAUGGAGAUGGUGAAGGUCUCACCUUGAUUACAGAUAUGCAAAAGCAAUUAUAG